AGCCUACACUUGAUACCACAGGCAUUGGUGGGAGUUGACCUAUGGAUUAGGAGGAGUUAGAGGGUCAAUACUUGACAUAAUUCCGCAGAGAAGCAAAAAAUCUUCCUACAUAUCCGGGGCCAAACAAGAUGAGGGAUUGCUACUGUACAGUAAACCUGGACCAGGAGGAGGUUUUCAGGACCAAAAUAGUGGAGAAGUCACUAUGCCCCUUUUAUGGAGAAGAUUUUUACUGUGAAAUUCCUCGGAGUUUUCGUCACCUGUCAUUUUAUAUUUUUGAUAGAGAUGUUUUCCGAAGGGAUUCCAUAAUAGGAAAAGUAGCUAUACAGAAGGAAGAUCUGCAGAAGUACCAUAAUAGAGACACCUGGUUUCAACUACAACAUGUUGAUGCUGAUUCAGAAGUUCAGGGGAAGGUCCACCUGGAACUGAGACUGAGUGAAGUCAUAACAGACACUGGUGUAGUUUGCCAUAAGCUUGCAACACGAGUCCUAGAAUGCCAAGGCCUGCCAAUCGUGAAUGGACAGUGUGACCCCUAUGCCACCGUGACCUUAGCUGGACCAUACAGAUCUGAAGCCAAAAAGACUAAAGUCAAAAAGAAGACCAACAAUCCACAAUUUGAUGAAGUGUUUUAUUUUGAGGUCACAAGACCCAGCAGCUACAACAAAAAAUCCCAUUUUGAUGUGGAAGAUGCUGAUGAAGUUGACAAAAUGGAGAUUAGAGUUGAUCUUUGGAAUGCCAGUAACUUGAAGUUUGGAGACGAGUUCCUAGGAGAACUGAGACUUCCUUUAAAAUUCCUCCGGCAAUCCAGCUCAUAUGAAGCAUGGUAUUUUCUGCAGCCCAGAGACAAUGGCAACAAGUCACUGAAAACUGAUGAUCUUGGUUCCUUAAGGUUAAAUGUGGUUUACACUGAAGAUCAUGUGUUUUCCUCAGACUAUUACAACCCACUUAGAGACCUCCUGUUAAAAUCUGCAGAUGUUGAGCCUGUUUCAGCAUCUGCUGCACAUGUGUUGGGUGAAGUUUGCAGAGAAAAACAGGAAGCAGCCAUACCUUUGGUCAGGCUUUUUUUACACUAUGGCAGAAUAGUACCUUUCAUCAGUGCAAUUGCAAAUGCUGAAGUGAAGAGGACUCAAGACCCAAACACCAUUUUCAGAGGAAAUUCAUUAACUUCCAAGUGCAUUGAUGAGACAAUGAAGCUGGCAGGGAUGCAUUAUCUUCAAGUUACACUAAAGCCAAUUAUAGAUGAGAUCUGCCAGGUCCAUAAGCCUUGUGAAAUUGAUCCUGUGAAAUUAAAAGAUGGUGAAAAUUUGGAAAAUAACAGGGAAAAUCUGAGGCAGUACGUUGACCGCAUUUUUACUGUUAUUACGAAAUCUGGUGUAAGCUGUCCUACGGUGAUGUGUGAUAUUUUCUUUUCACUGAGAGAAUCAGCUGCCAAACGUUUUCAAGGUGACCUAGAUGUAAGGUACACAGCUGUUAGCAGCUUUAUUUUCCUGAGGUUCUUUGCUCCUGCAAUUCUUUCCCCAAAUCUCUUUCAACUUACACCACACCAUCCAGAUCCUCAGACCUCUAGGACUUUGACGCUCAUCUCUAAGACCAUACAAACACUGGGCAGUUUAUCCAAAUCUAAAUCUGCCAGCUUCAAGGAGUCCUACAUGGCUAUUUUUUAUGACUAUUUUAAUGAACAAAAAUAUGCAGAUGCGGUAAAGAAUUUCCUAGAUUUGAUUUCAUCUUCUGGAAGGAGAGACCACAAGAGUAUAGAGCAACCCAUACUUCUUAAAGAAGGGUUCAUGAUCAAAAGAGCCCAAGGUAGAAAACGCUUUGGUAUGAAAAACUUCAAGAAGAGAUGGUUCCGCUUGACUAACCAUGAAUUUACCUAUCAGAAAAGUAAAGGUAACAAAGGUGAUCAUCCUCUGUGUAGCAUUCCAAUAGAAAACAUUCUGGCUGUGGAGAAAUUGGAGGAGGAGUCCUUUAAAAUGAAAAACAUGUUCCAAGUGAUUCAGCCUGAAAGAGUCCUGUACAUUCAGGCAAAUAACUGUGUUGAGGCCAAGGACUGGAUUGAUAUUCUCACCAAAGUUAGCCAAUGCAACAAGAAACGCCUCACAGUUUAUCACCCUUCUGCAUACCUCAAUGGGCACUGGCUGUGCUGUAAGGCUACUGCAGAUAAUGCUCCUGGCUGUACCCCCUGCACUGGUGGCCUACCAGCAAAUAUACAGCUAGACAUAGAUGGAGAUCGAGAAACUGAACGCAUCUACUCCCUCUUCAACUUGUAUUUGCCAAAAUUGGAGAAAAUGCAAGAGGCUUGUGGUAGCAAAUCCGUGUAUGAUGGGCCAGAGCAGGAAGAGUAUUCAACAUUUGUCAUUGAUGACCCUAAGGAAACGUAUAAAACACUAAAGCAAAUCAUAGAAGACGUUGUGACUUUAGAACAAGAACAUGCUCAGUACAAGAGGGAUAAAUUCAAGAAGACAAAAUAUGGAAGCCAGGAACACCCUAUUGGAGACAAGAGUUUUCAGAGCUACAUCAGGCAGCAGUCCGAAAUCUCAGCACAUUCCAUUUGAAGUGUAAAGGAAGUGACAGGAUGAUGCUGAAGGAUGAAUCACUGAAGCUUAAAAAAGGGAAACCACAUGUAGCACAGUGUAGAUAACAAGCACAAGCUUACAAACUCUGUGUCUUGCUAAGUGUGUUAUUCUCUCUCCAAGAACUGUUAUAAUAGUUGCUAUGCACUUUAUUCAUCUGGUUAUCUACAGAUGAUGGAACUCUGCCUUCUAGGCAGUUGUUGUCGUGUGUUUUUAAAUAUGCUUUGGUUUCUUGGAAUCUAGUGAUCAGUUCAAUGAUCAGGUGCGUGGACUUCAUUUUGCAACUAUCCCUCAUGUUACAGAAACCAAGUAAGCUGCUGUUUGCAGCAUUUUCUAAAAUGGUUUGUUACUGGUUUUUUGUUCCUGGUUACUUGUAUAUUAUGCCACACAUCUGCAUUACGCUCUCUUAGAAAAAGCUUAGUAACACUUUGCUUUUAAUGCCUACAUUUAAAAAGGAAGUGGAAGAAGAUCCUUUUUGGUGUAGUCCCUCACAUUGCAGCUUGUAUUAUCAUGAGUACAUCAAGGAGCAGGCCUCUUGUUUUUACAGCAGCAUAACUUUUGUUAAGAAUGCACAGUUUUUAAUAGAAAUCCAGAUGUGAAUGGUACUCUUGAUAUUUUUGAGAUACAAAGUUGUUUCUACAAAGACACUGAGUAGACUUCUCUCCCUUCGAUACUAAACCUUGGUGCUGUAAUUAACUGAAACAAGUUAGGUUGGUAAAACUGAACUAAUGUCAAUGCUAUCCUAUUUGUAUACAGUCUUGUCACAAUAUGAUUUCAAUGGCUGUAUCUGAAGUGCCAAUUUGAAGGGAUACUGAACAAUUUGUUCUGAUUUUUCAAAAUGACAGCAGGAGGAUUGUGUUAGGGCACCAUACCUAACAACUGAGAUACUCGGACUCCUAAACCUAAUGCUAGGAAAAUGGCUUUUCUAUUGAAUGACAUUUCAUGGGUGAAAUCCACACUGCCCUGGCACCACUUUAUUUUUGGUGUAUAGUUUUAUACUUUUUCCAAGCAUGUUUUAAAAUAUUGUUUUUAAAUUUUAAAUAGAGUUUUACUAAAGGUAACUUAAACUUCAGUAUGUUAGCAUACACGAUGGUUAAUGUUAUGUGUGUAGAGAAAGUGGAAUGAACUGUGUAUCUCAUUAAUACCAACAAAAGUAAUUAAGGAGGGACAUGAAGGUCUGCUAAUUAUAAGAUAUAUAUUUAUGUAUGCUUUUUAGUUGUAUGCCAUAAACCUUUUGUCUGUAAGGUUCUGAUUCAAUAAAGUGUAUGGCUUUGAUAUCUCAGAAA